UAAAGUGAAACAUAUUCACGAAGCAAUGAUAUGAAAGAGGCGCCGGCCGGAACCAUCUAGGGCAAACUUCUGCAACAACAAUUUCUGGUGUUGACACAACAUGCAAUUAACACUCUAACUCAACAACAGUGAUUCAAUCAAGCUCAUACGCCGUCGUAUUAUGCCAUCAAUGGCUGCCGAAAACAACUCUAACGUUUCAUUGGCUGAACAAAUCAAACAACAAGCUAAUGAAGCCUUCAAAGCUAAUAGGUUUUCACAAGCGAUUGAUUUGUAUACAAAAGCGAUUGAAUUGAACGGUGAGAAUGCGGUAUAUUGGGCGAAUCGUGCGUUUUCGCAUACGAAGUUGGAGGAAUAUGGAAGUGCGAUACAGGAUGCGUCUAAGGCUGUUGAGAUUGAUCCUAAGUAUUCAAAGGGCUAUUAUCGGCGCGGUGCUGCUUAUCUUGCAAUGGGGAAGUUUAAAGAAGCACUCAAGGAUUUUCAACAGGUGAAAAGAAUAUGUCCAAAUGAUCCAGAUGCUUCAAAAAAAUUAAAGGAAUGCGAAAAGGCUGUUAUGAAGCUCAAGUUUGAAGAAGCGAUUUCUGCACCUACUUCUAAACAACAGUCAGUAGCUGAGACCAUCGAUCUCCGAACCAUAGGGACGGGCACAGACUCAUCUUAUCAUUCCCCUCGGUUUACUGCUACAUCAGUGGCAGUUGCAGUAGCAUUAGUGGCUAUAUUGAUGAUGGUGGUGGGGCCCAUUGUAGCCAUCGUAGUGGCAUCUGCAGCAUCGGCAUUGUUUUUCGUGGUCAAAAAGACUGACGUGGAGCCACAAUAUGCUGGUGCAAGAAUAGAGGGAGAUGUAGUAACUUUAGAGUUUGUGAAGAAAAUGAUGGAUGACUUCAAGAAUCAGAAAAUGUUACAUAAACGAUAUGCCUUUGAGAUUGUUCUACGGACAAGAGAAAUCUUAAUGGCCUUGCCAUCUCUGGUUGACGUAAACGUUCCAAAUGGAAAGCACUUCACCGUUUGUGGUGAUGUGCAUGGUCAGUUCUAUGAUCUUCUAAAUAUCUUUGAGCUCAACGGUCUCCCUUCCGAAGACAAUCCUUAUUUGUUUAAUGGCGACUUUGUUGACCGUGGUUCCUUUUCUGUGGAGGUUAUUCUAACAUUGUUUGCGUUCAAGUGUAUGUCUCCAUCAGCUAUACAUCUUUCUCGUGGAAAUCAUGAGAGCAAAAGCAUGAACAAGAUUUACGGGUUUGAGGGUGAGGUCCGGUCUAAGCUGAGUGAUAAAUUCGUGGAGCUAUUUGCAGAAGUUUUUUGCUAUUUACCUUUAGCUCAUGUUAUAAACGAGAAGGUAUUUGUUGUUCAUGGUGGACUUUUUAGCACUGAUGGCGUAAAGCUCUCUGACAUCAGGGCCAUUGAUCGGUUUUGCGAGCCCCCAGAGGAAGGGUUGAUGUGUGAGAUAUUAUGGAGUGAUCCUCAACCUAAUCCCGGUAGAGGACCAAGCAAGCGUGGUGUAGGGCUCUCUUUUGGUGGAGACGUAACAAAACGGUUUCUGAAGGAUAAUAAUUUAGAUUUAGUUGUGCGAUCUCAUGAGGUCAAAGAUGAAGGCUAUGAAAUCGAACAUGAUGGUAAACUCAUCACUGUAUUCUCUGCUCCAAACUACUGUGACCAGAUGGGUAACAAGGGUGCUUUCAUCCGAUUUGAGGCCCCCACAAUGGAGCCCAAAAUUGUCACAUUUUCAGCAGUGCCACAUCCCGAUGUGAAGCCAAUGGCGUAUGCCAGCAAUUUCCUCCGCAUGUUCAAUUAGUGUUUGUUUGCUGACUUGGGUGAUACGAUUGCUGAAUAUGGUGGAUUUCGGUUUGGUUUCUCUAAUCUACAACUGCACAUAUCGCAUGAAACUCCCGAGACACGUGUGGUAUUACUUUCUUGCAACAGUUUACCUAUUUUUCAAUAGUUUAUUAUGUAACCGAAAGCCAAAAACACACAGUGGCCUGAAUUAGGGUCCGCUUUUUAAUCUAUUGCCCUUUCGGUUAACUAUGUAUCUAUCAUUUUCUUAGAAAAUUUGCUUUGUAUCCUUUUUAAAGCUCAAGAUUUCUAUUGAAUUGUCAAGAACAAUAAAGAAUUUAUCUGCUCUCUCA